GAAAUGUAAGACAGCGGCGGCCACUGACUGAACACGCCGCGACAGUCGCCGCCAGAGAGGCGCGGCGCGAGCACGCCGCGCCAUGUCCGACCUCUCGCCGCGGUUCGAGGGCGCCGAUUUGUUCAACUACUCUACUCCCGCGGAUUCUAAUUAUUCCACCUACGUAAAUGAAACAUUCUUUGAUUUCAUCGCGCAUCAAGUUGCAUCCGCCUUGAAUGUUUACUACACACCCUUACUAGUAUCUUUAGGGACAAUCGGAAAUUUGGUUUCAGUAUAUGUUUUCUACAGUAGUAAGUUGAGAUUGCAGUCCACAAGCCAAUAUUUGUCAGCCUUGGCUAUCUCGGAUACGGUAUUCUUAUUCCAGCUAAUGAUGCCAUGGCUCGGUGCCGUUAAACUUACCGGUCUGUUUUACACGCAAGGCUUCUGCCAGAUAUUUAUUUACUUUUCUUAUGUAACAUGUGACCUGAGCGCAUGGCUGGUGGUAGCAUUCACAGUGGAGCGGUUCGUGGCGGUGCUGUACCCACUGCGCCGCAAUGCCAUCUGCACCGUGGCGCGAGCUCGCCACAUCAUCAGCACAAUAGUUGCAUCGGCGCUGCUCCUGAACGUACCUGUUCUCAGAUUCGCAGCGCCGGUUAACAACGACUGCAGUAUAGACGUACAAUACCUUGUUCAUGCAGCCAGAUUUAAUUUGUUGGAUACAGCUGUAUCGUUCACGGUGCCGCUCGGAGUGAUAAUAGUUUUGAAUGUUUGGAUAAUGGUCGGAGUGUACCGGCUAGAGCGCACUCGACACCACCUCAUGAAAACGGAACAGCCAGGGCCCGCGGCGGGCCAGCGCACGCGACCUUCGCGGCUGCAGCAAUGCCCGCGUUCCCAGCAACGAGUCACAAGGAUGUUGCUCAUUGUCUCUUCAGUUUUCGUCGUACUUAACAUGCCUGCCUACACCAUGCGCGUUGUAGCUUAUGCAUACAACAUGGUAAGCAUUUUCAAACAUUGGUUUUUGAAAUAAUUAGCAUUUUAAGUUCAAGU